UUCCUUCCAACAUGGCGAGAAUAGCUGAGCUUUCCUGAGAAUCUGCCCGGUUUACUAUAGCACACACAGCCUAGCAACAUUGUGAUCCGCUGCAGCUGUAGGAGGAGUAGCAAGUGGGUGACAGGUGCAGGCCCGGGUGUGAUGGGGCGGCCCCCGCCGGGUCUCUUGCAGCUUUAGAAACUGCUUGACAUUAGCUGGACAGUGGCCGCCACUUCAUAACGGAUACUUCACAUCUGAAAGGAGUAGGAGGCCCGGGGAUUCGCUAUGUUUCUAACCCGAGCCCUGGACAAGAUCCUCGGCGACAAGGAAGUGAAGAGAGCGCAUCACAGCCAGCUGCGCAAAGCGUGCGAGGUGGCACUAGAGGAAAUAAAACAUGAAAUUGAACAACAAUGUCCUCCCCAAGAAGAAGCAAAAGCUGGUUCUAGUACCCUUCCUCCAGUUAAAUCAAAGACAACUUUUAUUGAAGCCGACAAGUACUUUUUACCAUUUGAGUUAGCAUGCCAGUCAAAAUGCCCGCGAAUUGUCAGCACAUCUCUGGACUGUUUGCAGAAAUUAAUUGCUUAUGGACAUUUAACUGGCAAUGCACCAGACAACACAACACCAGGAAAAAAGCUAAUUGACAGAAUUAUUGAAACAAUAUGUGGCUGUUUCCAAGGACCCCAGACAGAUGAAGAUGUCCAGCUCCAAAUUAUAAAGGCGUUGCUCACUGCAGUUACAUCGCAGCAAAUCGAAAUUCAUGAAGGGACUGUGUUACAGGCAGUAAGAACAUGCUACAAUAUCUAUCUUGCCAGCAAAAACCUUGUCAAUCAGACUACAGCCAAGGCUACGCUCACACAGAUGCUCAAUGUGAUAUUUGCACGAAUGGAAAAUCAAGCUCUUCAAGAAGCAAAGCACAUGGAAAAGGAACGACACAAACAUUUGCACCAUUUGCAGCACUCUCCUGUAAGUCACCAUGAGCUGGAACUACCUGCUGUGAGACACCUCCUGGAGCAGAGUGACCCGCUGUCUCGAGAACAGGAAGGGGAACUUGACAGGCACGUCAAUGAUAUAGAGAUUAGCCUCCCAGAAGAAGGAGAGUCUGAGAAUGGCUAUGAUGCUACAAGUGCAGAGAGUGAACACGCGGAGGCUGACCAGUCCACGGAAGAAAACCAUUUGAAGCGUGAAUUUGGAAUUGCUGAAGAAAAUAACAGUGACUGUGAGGAAAAUGCACAAGAUAUUAUUCAAAGCAUCAUAGAAGACAUGAUGGAUGCUGUAAUUGGAGGUGAUAAGAAUGUCAAUGGUGAAUGUACAAUGAAAACAUCUGAAGACGGGAGUGAAGGGGACACUAUACAUGCUAAUGGGAUACCUGGCACUCCCAUAUCUACAGUGUACACCCCCUCCUUGCCUGAUGAUAGAUUGUCAGUCUCGUCUAAUGACACUCAGGAAUCUGGAAACACUUCAGGACCUUCUCCUGGUGCUAAGUUCUCUCAUAUUUUGCAAAAAGAUGCCUUCUUAGUCUUCAGGUCUCUGUGUAAAUUAUCUAUGAAGCCUCUGUCUGAUGGACCCCCAGACCCAAAGUCCCAUGAGUUACGUUCAAAAGUACUUUCCCUCCAACUGCUUCUGUCCAUUCUCCAAAAUGCGGGUCCUGUUUUCAAGACCAAUGAGAUGUUCAUCAAUGCCAUCAAGCAGUACCUGUGUGUAGCUCUGUCCAAGAAUGGAGUUUCGUCUGUUCCAGAAGUCUUUGAGCUUUCACUUUCAAUUUUCUUGACGUUAUUAUCAAAUUUCAAGUUGCACCUAAAGAUGCAGAUUGAGGUAUUUUUUAAAGAAAUCUUCCUGUACAUACUGGAAACUUCCACAAGCUCAUUUGACCACAAGUGGAUGGUUAUUCAAACACUCACAAGAAUUUGUGCCGAUGCACAAAGUGUGGUGGACAUUUAUGUGAACUAUGACUGUGAUUUGAAUGCUGCAAACAUUUUUGAAAGAUUGGUUAAUGACCUCUCAAAGAUUGCUCAAGGAAGAGGAAGUCAAGAACUUGGCAUGUCAAAUGUGCAGGAGCUAAGCCUAAGGAAGAAGGGCUUGGAAUGCUUAGUGUCUAUAUUAAAAUGUAUGGUUGAAUGGAGUAAAGAUCUUUAUGUGAAUCCCAACUCCCAGACCACUCUUGGCCAAGAAAAACCUAUUGAGCAAGACACCAAUGAGAGCAAACAUCCAGAGACUAUUAAUCGAUAUGGAAGCCUGAAUUCCCUGGACUCAACUGCUUCAUCCGGCAUCGGCAGCUACAGCACACAGAUGUCAGGAACAGACAACCCAGAGCAGUUUGAAGUCUUAAAACAGCAAAAAGAGAUCAUAGAGCAAGGAAUAGAUCUAUUUAAUAAAAAGCCAAAAAGAGGAAUUCAGUAUUUACAAGAACAAGGGAUGCUUGGAAUUACACCAGAAGAUAUAGCCCAAUUCUUGCAUCAAGAGGAAAGAUUAGACUCGACUCAGGUUGGAGAGUUUCUUGGAGACAAUGAGAAAUUUAGCAAGGAAGUCAUGUACGCAUAUGUGGACCAGCAUGAUUUCUCAGGGAAGGACUUUGUCUCUGCCCUGCGGAUGUUUCUUGAAGGAUUUCGCUUGCCAGGAGAAGCCCAAAAAAUUGAUCGCUUAAUGGAGAAGUUUGCUGCUCGAUAUUUAGAGUGCAAUCAAGGGCAAACCUUAUUUGCCAGCGCAGACACUGCCUAUGUUUUAGCUUAUUCAAUUAUUAUGCUGACUACAGAUCUGCAUAGCCCUCAGGUUAAAAAUAAAAUGACAAAAGAACAGUAUAUCAAAAUGAACAGGGGGAUUAAUGACAGCAAAGAUCUUCCAGAAGAGUAUUUGUCUUCUAUCUACAAUGAAAUAGCUGGAAAGAAAAUAUCCAUGAAAGAAACUAAAGAACAUGCAAUAACCACAAAAUCAUCCAAACCAAGUGUGGCAAGUGAGAAGCAAAGAAGAUUACUGUAUAACUUAGAAAUGGAACAGAUGGCAAAGACCGCAAAGGCCCUCAUGGAGGCUGUGAGUCACGUGCAGGCGCCGUUCACCAGCGCUACUCAUCUAGAACAUGUCAGACCAAUGUUUAAGUUGGCAUGGACACCGUUCCUGGCAGCAUUCAGUGUAGGUUUACAAGACUGUGAUGACACAGAGGUAGCUUCCUUGUGCUUGGAGGGAAUCCGUUGUGCGAUCAGGAUUGCAUGCAUCUUCAGUAUUCAGCUUGAAAGAGAUGCUUAUGUCCAGGCCCUUGCAAGGUUUACAUUAUUAACUGUGAGUUCUGGAAUUACUGAAAUGAAGCAGAAGAAUAUAGAUACCAUCAAAACUCUUAUCACGGUGGCUCAUACAGAUGGAAACUACUUGGGAUCUUCAUGGCAUGAGAUUUUAAAAUGCAUAAGCCAGCUUGAGCUGGCUCAAUUAAUAGGCACUGGUGUGAAACCUCGGUACAUUUCUGGGACCAUGAGAAACAGAGCAGGGUCUUUCACUAGCACCAAGGACCAGCACUCGGAUGAGUUUGCCAGUCUUGGUUUAGUUGGAGGAAAUGUUGACUGGAAGCAAAUGGCAAGCAUUCAAGAGUCCAUAGGAGAGACAAGCUCACAGAGUGUUGUGGUGGCUGUUGAUAGAAUAUUUACAGGUUCCACAAGACUGGAUGGCAAUGCUAUUGUGGAUUUUGUACGUUGGCUCUGUGCUGUUUCCAUGGAUGAGUUGGUGUCCCCUACACACCCUCGUAUGUUUAGCUUACAAAAGAUUGUAGAAAUAUCUUAUUACAACAUGGGACGUAUCAGGUUGCAGUGGUCUCGAAUAUGGGAAGUCAUUGGAGAUCAUUUUAAUAAGGUUGGUUGCAAUCCCAAUGAAGAUGUUGCUAUAUUUGCCGUAGACUCUUUAAGGCAACUGUCAAUGAAAUUUUUAGAAAAGGGAGAACUUGCAAAUUUCCGUUUCCAAAAGGACUUUUUAAGACCCUUUGAACACAUUAUGAAGAGAAAUAGGUCCCCAACUAUAAGAGACAUGGUUGUGCGCUGCAUUGCACAGAUGGUGAAUUCCCAAGCUGCAAACAUUCGCUCAGGUUGGAAGAACAUUUUUUCUGUUUUCCACUUGGCUGCAUCAGACCAAGACGAAAGCAUAGUGGAGCUUGCAUUCCAGACCACUGGGCACAUAGUCACACUCGUGUUUGAAAAACACUUUCCUGCUACAAUAGAUUCCUUCCAGGAUGCAGUAAAAUGCUUAUCUGAGUUUGCAUGUAAUGCAGCUUUCCCAGACACAAGCAUGGAAGCUAUUCGCCUUAUUCGUCAUUGUGCAAAAUAUGUUUCUGACAGACCUCAGGCUUUUAAGGAGUACACAAGUGAUGAUAUAAAUGUAGCUCCUGAAGACCGUGUCUGGGUGAGAGGAUGGUUCCCUAUUCUGUUUGAGUUGUCCUGCAUCAUCAACAGAUGCAAAUUAGAUGUAAGAACCAGAGGUCUGACUGUAAUGUUUGAAGUAAUGAAAACAUAUGGCCAUACAUUUGAGAAACACUGGUGGCAGGAUUUGUUCAGAAUUGUCUUCAGGAUAUUUGAUAACAUGAAACUUCCAGAGCAACAGACUGAGAAAGCGGAGUGGAUGACCACGACAUGCAAUCAUGCUCUCUAUGCAAUUUGUGACGUAUUUACACAGUACUUUGAAGUGCUCAGUGAUGUUCUCCUGGAUGAUAUUUUUGCACAGCUCUAUUGGUGUGUACAGCAAGAUAAUGAACAGCUUGCUCGUUCUGGCACCAACUGUUUAGAAAAUGUUGUUAUUCUAAAUGGAGAAAAAUUUAACUUUGAAAUCUGGGACAAAACUGGCAACUGCAUGCUGGAUAUAUUCAAAACCACAAUACCUCAUGCGUUAUUGACAUGGAAACCAGCAGGUGGUGAUAGUGAUAUAUGCACGCAGUCUGAUAUGCGAGAAAAGCAACUGGAUUCCAUAUCACAGAAAUCAGUGGAUAUCCAUGAUUCUGUUCAGCCACGAAAAGCUGACAACAGAAGGAACACUCAGACUUCAUUAACAAAUGUGCCCCAGGAGGAUCUUCACUCUGGAAGACUAGGAGCAAAACUACCUGAGCAGAAGCUGUUUGCAGCCUUGCUGAUUAAAUGUGUGGUUCAGCUGGAGCUGAUACAAACUAUAGACAAUAUUGUGUUCUUUCCUGCUACAAGUAGAAAAGAAGAUGCAGAGAAUCUUGCUGCAGCACAGAGGGAUGCAGUGCAUUUUGAUGUUCAUGUUGACACCCAAGAUCAAGGCAUGUAUCGUUUUCUGACAUCCCAACAACUGUUCAAACUUUUGGACUGUCUACUGGAAUCUCACAGAUUUGCAAAAGCUUUUAACUCUAAUAAUGAACAAAGAACUGCUCUUUGGAAAGCAGGUUUCAAGGGUAAAUCCAAACCAAACCUCCUAAAACAAGAGACCAGUAGUCUUGCGUGUGGUUUGCGGAUUCUUUUCCGGAUGUACAUGGAUGAAAGCCGAAGAGAUGCAUGGGACGAAGUACAACAACGGUUACUAAAUGUUUGCAGCGAGGCCCUAAGUUACUUUUUAACCCUUACAUCUGAAAGUCACAGAGAAGCCUGGACCAAUCUAUUACUACUGUUCCUUACAAAGGUUUUAAAGAUUAGUGAUGAACGGUUUAAAGCCCAUGCUUCUUCCUACUACCCUCUGUUGUGUGAAAUUAUGCAGUUUGACCUGAUUCCAGAGCUUCGCGCUGUCUUAAGAAGAUUUUUCCAUCGGAUAGGACUUGUUUUUAAAAUCUCUCUCCCUCAAGCGCUGGAACAUGAUCGAAAAGGACAAAAUGUGGAAGUAAAUGAACCACAAUCUGCAGAGGAUAAAAAGCAGUAGGAUGCUAGCCAAUGGGGCGAAGGGAUCUUUGGCCGGUACAGUUUGCCCCCACCCCCCUUGGCUAAAAGCUACUAGUCUUUCUUUGCUGCCUGUUGGAAUAAUAUUUAAAUAAUUACGUUUUUAAAGGUACAGCUACAUAAAAUCUAACAUUCAGAACACUCCAAACUAUCUUAAUAGUGGAUACAAUCUCAAUUUCCGCACGGACCUGGAUUCUCACUGUCCAGAAAUAUAUUACAACCGUACUGCUCUGGUUUGCAAUAUAGCAGGAAAAUCUAACCGUUACACCUGGACGAUUUUUAAAAAGAAGGUAUGGUUUUUUUUGGCCAGAUUGUACCGUAGGGUAUAAAAUUCAGAUGAAAGUUUUAUAUUUAAAAAAAAAAAAAAGGAAUCUCUUCACUAAGGAGGUUAGAAAUAAGUCCUAGUAUUGCUAUUUUGUUUGCACUCACUUUAUCUGAAAACUUUGAAACAUCCUUGAGAAAAUAUAUGAUGUACAGAUGUGCUGGUCUGUAAUAUAAAUCUUAAACACUAUAUAAUGAUCUUCCUGCAAAAUUUUAUUUGAUUCCUCAUUUUAUCACUAAUUUGCUGCAAAUCCCAUUAUUUUAUUAUUUCUGGAAUGCACUAGUUGUUUUUUUGUUUUGUUUUUUGAGAUUUAAAAAAUAUUUUUUUAGUUUUCUGUAAUACUCUUGAUAUCUUUUAGCCCUAAUGUUACUGCUGCUGACUUUUCAAAGCAGAGGAUGACGCUGUUUGAAUGAACUACUUGUAAAAUAAUUGUAGGGCUUUGAAUAAACUAUGAGCAAUUUAAAAGAAAACAAUUUCCUAUAACCUGGAACUUGAAUCACUGUUAACAAGUCUGGGUCACGUCUGCGAUUAUGUUCAGUUAUUUUGUUUGAUGUAGAUUUCAUUCUGUACAGAAAUUAAUGUUAAAUAUAUUAAAGUAACAAAUUUGGCUUUGUUUGGCCUCGGGGAAAUGAAAAUUUCUGGGCAAUAUAUUACUACUACUACUACUGUGAAUUGUGCUUUAAUGGUAACAGAAUAAGAAACAAAUACAAGAGGGUCAAACAUUCCUUAUUACAGUGGAUGUAGAAUUAUUGGACAAAAUGUACAUGGUACAGAUCUGUAAAGUUUUCUAUGUAAAAAAAAUUCUGUACAACUUUCUUUACUAUAUUGGUUCUCAUCUGGCAUAUUCUAAUCAGGUUAUAGGUCAAUAAAGUUUUUGAAUUCUUUCAUCAUUGCAAACAAAA